UCAACACCAUCUUGAGCAUUAUAUUAAUCAAGAGACCUCAACUUUUCUUACACACACAAAAACAAAAAAAUUAAAAUGGAACUUGUUCUAUCAUCAAUUCUAGAGAAAUUGCAACAUCAACCAAAUUCAACCCUCUCUACCAUAUGUUUCAUAAUCAUAACCAUUUUGUGUGUCCUUAUUAAGUUCACAAGAAGAAACAACAAGUUCAAUAAACUUCCACCAUCUCCACCAAAGCUACCAAUAAUUGGAAACCUUCAUCAACUAGGAACACUUCCACACCAAUCCUUAAAAGCACUUUCUGACAAAUAUGGCCCUAUUUUGUUGCUUCAAUUAGGGCAAACUAAAGCACUAGUUGUGUCUUCAGCAGAUAUUGUUGAAGAAAUAGUGAAAACACAUGAUGUUGCUUUCUCCAAUAGAGCAAACACUAAAGCUGCCAAGGUUUUCUUCUAUCAAUGCAAGGAGAUUGCUUUUGCACCCUAUGGAGAGGAAUGGAGAAACAAAAGGAAGCUCUGUGUUCUUGAGCUUCUAAACACAAAUAGGGUGAAGUCCUUUCAUCCCGUUAGAACAAAUGAAGUAUCAACAAUGAUUAACUCCAUACAUGAAGCUUGUGCAAAAGGGUCAUCAGUGAAUCUUUCUAAGCUGAUUAUUGUAACCUCAAGCAACAUAUCUUAUAGGUGCAUUUUCGGGCUAAGGUUCGAAACUAGUGAUGAUGGUCGGAAAAGCAUUGCCGAGGUUGUGAGGAAGAUGAUGUCACAAUUUUUAAAAUUUGGGGUUGGAGAUUUGUUCCCUUCAUUGGAUUGGGUUGAUGUUCUUACAGGUUUCAUGUCAAGAUUAAAGGUUACUUUUGCUGAAUUAGAUGAGUUCUUAGAAGAAGUCAUUGAAGAGCAUAAGAGAAAGAAAAGAGAUGAGAAUAAUAAAGACUUUGUUGAUAUACUUCUUCAACUUCAAGAGAGGGACAUGCUUGAGUUUGAGCUCAAUGGAGAUACCAUGAAAGCACUCCUCUUGGACCUGUUAGUUGCAGGAAGUGACAGUAUUUCAUCAACUAUUGAAUGGGCCUUUGCAGAACUUGCUAACAGUCCAAAGGUCAUGAAGAAAGUACAAGAAGAGGUAAGAAGAAUUGUGGGUGGAAAAUCCAUGAUAGAGGAAAAUGAUCUAAAUCAAAUGAAGUACAUGAAGUGUGUAAUUAAAGAAACUCUUAGAUUACAUCCACCAGGUCCAUUUUUAAUUCCAAGAGAGACAGCAAAUAGUGUGGAAAUAAAAGGGUAUCACAUUCCCAAAAAAGUAACAGUAUAUAUAAAUUCAUAUGCAAUUCAUAGAGAUCCUAAAUUAUGGGACAAUGCUGAAGAGUUUAUUCCUGAAAGAUUUGAAGGUAACCAAAAAAUUGAUUACAAGGGGAUAGAUUCUCAAUUUAUUCCAUUUGGUAUUGGGAGAAGGGGUUGUCCUGGAAUGUCAUUUGGAGUUGCUUCUCUUGAGUAUGUGAUUGCUAAUCUUCUUUAUUGGUUUGAUUGGAAUGUUCCUAAUAAUAAUAAUAAUAGUGCAUUGAUAGAUAUGAGUGAGAUAAGUGGGUUGAACAUUAGCAAGAAACAACCACUUUAUUUGAAGCCAAUACCUUACCAAGCAAAUUCUUUCUCUCAGACUGUAUCAUGAGAUUUCUUAUUUGGAAAUAUGCUUUUUGUUUUAUGUGUUACUGUUUUCUUUGCUUUCUUUUCUAUGUUUUUUAUUUGUUUUAUGUAUCACAAUAUUGUAUCCUAUCAACUUUCUCUCACUUGUACUCCUCAGCUUUUACCAACUAUUUAGAUAAAACUUG